AUGGCAGCUUGUCCAAAGGACGCUGGAUUCUACAAGAAGGAACUUACUGACUGGGAUGUGACACAGAAGCGAUUUAAGGUGGAAAUGGAUGACUAUGACAAGGAGGAACAAUCAAAGUUAGGGGUAAAACACUCAAUUAAAUUCUGUACAGGAUACAUGAGGGACUGGUUUAAUGAUAUGAGCCCUGCUCAAUGGAAGGAGGUAGAAAAUGUGAAGGACAAGUGGAAUAAGGAAGGUGGAAGGUGUACCAGCAGAAUCGCAGGCCAUAUAUUGAAAGAGAAACUAUCCAAACGAAAAGACCUGGAUGUAGACUAUGUUUUCUACAAACCUACAACAAGCAGGAGUAAAAAGUCCUCAUGGGUUGAAUCUUGUGUUGAUCCACUGUAUGAAACAUCUGUGGAACCUUCCUCCUCCUCCUCCAGCCCAAGGAAACAUAUUAGAGAGGACCCUGCAGAACCUCCGGAUGCUGAAGCAUAUCAGGAAUGUUUCAGUGACCUUUUUCUGGACACAGAGGCUGGUCACCAACCAAGAACAACAAAGAUAUGUCUAGGAACACAAAACGACUUCAUAGCAGAGUAUCUUGAUUACCGAGACGUGUAUCUAGACAUCAUCUUAGGUUCAGAAACAUUUGCUCGUGCAGGGAUCUGCGAGACUUGUCAAAGUGCUGAGGCCACAUUCAAUUGUGUGACUUGCACUGGUGACCAUGGCUGGUGUCACCCUUGCUUGAUCAGAUCGCAUCAGUCAUUACCUUUCCACAAAAUCCAAUUUUGGAACAAUAUGUGCUUCCAUGAUGUCACUCUUGCUCAGCUGGGAUUCAUAUGGUACUUAGGCCACGGGGAGAGCCUUGUCCUUCACAUGGAGCUUCAGAAAUGGAUGGGCAUCAAGACAAGAGAGUGGAUGAUGUUACAUAUGCAGCUCCUCAGUGCAGGACUAUUUCCUGCCAGUUCCAUGCGGCCUAGGACUGCUUUUACCUUUGAAGUACUGGAUCAUUUUCUCAUUGACACCUUGAAAUGCAAGACUUCGGCCAGGAGCUUCUAUGAGAAACUCACGCUCUUGACCAAUAACACAUGUCCAGAUACUGUCCCAGAUCAAUAUCACGAACUCAUGAGGGUAUCUCGCCUGUGGCGUGACUUGAAGAACCGUAAAUGGUUUAAAUUUGGCCAUGAUACAGAAUCAAGACCUGGCCCAGGAGAUCUCGCCCUCUUUUGCCCUUCAUGUCCUCAGCCAGGAAUCAACAUGCUUCUUCAUUGGAAGGAGAAGUAUGAAAGGCAAGUCAAUUAUUACUACUUGUGCAAGGCAACAAUAGCUAGACAGCGGCCGGUUAUAUGGUUGCAGAGCGAGAAUAUCAAGCUCACUUGGCCUCAGCUACAGAGUAGGGAGCAAACACAAACUGGAGCAACCUCCGAGCUACAGGAGUGGGGGCCUCGGCUUGUGCUCAACAUGGAUGUUUCAUUCCCCACUGCAUACCUGAACUUCAUUGCAGGAGCUGGGCAGGUCAAUGGGGAAAUUCUGGAGACACUCUGGGCUCCCUUUAACAAGAUCUCUCCAACAGCAUGUUUUAUGAGCCAAGCACACUGUCAAGAAAUUCUUGAUAAUCACAUGUGGAAUUCAAAUUGGAAAAAACUUGUCCAGAUUAUUAAGAUGCUUUUACAAAAGUACAAAUGUCUCAAUAAGGGCAUUGCUGAUACCAAGGUCCCAUUUGAAGAGCUCACAAGUUCUUUGGAAGUCAGCAAAGUCUCUUCAUGGGAGAAAGAUGAGACACAAGUGAUGGAACAACGUGGAGAGCAUCUUGACAUAAUCCAGCUAAAGAUAGAUAAAGGUAAGUGCUUCUGA